AUGUCAUUCAAAGAAAAGCUGAAAUCGAGAAUAGAUAAGAAACAGUUGCAUGAAAGACAACUAAACAGAGAUUACCUAAAGAAAGAGUUUAUGGAUGAAAUAACAAUAGAAUAUCACAGAAAAAGUCGAUUGGAGCUAUUACAGAAGUUAGAAAAACUGUAUACUGCACUCGGGAGAAACGGCCGACAAUGCGUGCUUCACAAACUAUGCGAAUCAGCAAAGAGCUCUUCAACACAGGGAACAUUCCUUCAAGAAUUCCUCAGGGUUAUCUACACGCUACCAAAAGGCAAAGAAUUUGAAGACGAAUAUCAUAAAGAAUAUGACAGAGCGCAUUCUCCAACGAACGAGUGUCUCAGCUUGUACCCCGACUGUGAAGAUUUUGAUGGAAAUUUUUAA